AUGGGGGAGCGUGGGAGUGCCAAGGAGGAAGGCAUGGUCUUGAAUGUAAAGCAAGUUGUUUUGGACAUUGCAAAAACAAGGCAUUUUGCAACCACGAGACUGGUCAAUGUGACAACGAAUGUGCUGAAGGUUUGCGAAAAAGGAUAUUAUGGUACAGAGUGUUCACAGAAAUGUUCUCCUAAAUGUAUCGACACAUGUCAACACACUGAUGGCUCUUGUAUUUGUUCCUUUGGAUGGAUGGGCAUAAAUUGUAAUCGAGAAUGCCAACCUGGGUAUUACGGACUAAACUGCAAGGAAGAAUGUAGUUUACACUGUGGUUUUAAUGACACGUGUGAGAGAUACAAUGGAUCUUGUCCAAGAGGAUGUCAAGAACCCUUCACAGGAACAAACUGCUUAAAAGUGACAGGAAACAGCACACAACCGAAAUGUUCUAUUCUUCCGUGGAUCUUGGCACUCAUUCUGUCAGUUGUACUGAAUUUGUGUUGUGUUUUAAUAGCUGUCUGGAAACGCUUCAGGAAAUCCUCAAAUCAAACCUCUACUACUGCUGAUUUAACAGAUGACCAAAGUCCAGCACACGCUCAAUACGAAGGAGGAAUAACACCGUCUAUCAAGAGAAGCUAUCAAGAAUUAAAUGAUAACAUAAGUUAUGAAAAUGUUACGUUAAACCUGUGAAAUAAUGAUGA